UUUCCAAUCAAAUAUGGCGAGCUCAAUCUACAACAGCAGGGAAACUGAAUUAAAAGCCUUCGAUGAAACCAAAACCGGCGUUAAAGGUUUAAUCGAUAGCGGCAUAACUCAAGUUCCUAGAAUCUUCAUCGACCCCCAAAUUGAUCCACAACAGGCUCUGAUCAGCUCAGUCAACGCGCAAUUCGAGUUCCCAUUGCUCGACCUAGAAGGCGUCGGCGAUGAUCCGAUGAAGCGCAAGGCCAUCGUCGACGCCAUCCGCGAAGCUUCGAAAACGUGGGGAUUCUUCCAAGUGAUCAACCAUGGGAUUCCGGAGGCUGUAUUGGAGGAUAUGAUCGAUGGAGUGCGCCAUUUCUUCGGUCAAGACGAUGAAGAGAGGAAGAAGUGGUAUACGAGGGAGAUGAAAAAAUCAAGGGUUGCUUACAACAGCAAUUUUGAUUUGUAUACAGCGCCGUCGGCUAAUUGGAGAGACACUGUUUUCUGUAAAAUGGCUCCGAAUCUUCCUCAACCCGAGGAAUUGCCCGCGGUUUGCAGUGAUAUAAUGAUUGAAUACACAAAACAAGUUAUGAAGCUAGGAAGAAGUCUGUUUCAACUAUUAUCGGAGGCACUCGGUCUCAAGGCCGAUCACCUCGUGGACAUGAAAUGCGCGGAUGGGGUCGCUCUGUUGAUGCAUUACUACCCGGAAUGCCCUCAGCCGGAGCUAACUCUAGGCGCGAGCAAGCACGCUGACAGCGACUUCCUAACGGUGCUUCUGCCCGACCAAGUACGAGGCCUGCAAGUGCUCUAUCAGAACCAGUGGGUUGAUGUUCCCUUCGUGCCGGGAGCUCUGGUGGUAAAUAUUGGUGAUCUUCUCCAGCUUGUAACAAAUGAUAGGUUUGUUAGUGCUGAGCACAGAGUAUUGGUGAAUAGCUCGAGCUCGAGAGUUUCAGUCGCGUGUUUCUUCAGAAACGCCACUACUAGGUCCACGCAGCUGUACAUGCCGAUUGAAGAGCUCGUAUCGGAAGAUAAGCCGGCGAGGUAUAGGGCAACUACUUUGGAAGAGUAUAUCACCCACGUACACUCCAAGGGGCUGGAUGGAACUUCUGCUUUGCCACAGUUUCGUGUUUGAACUUGAUGGUGUUGGAGAAGGUGGAAAUGUGAUGAAGAUGAGUUAGAGUUCAUGUUAUUUAAUGGUUUGGAAAGCAGAAAUUAAUCUUGGGCGAGGUGGUAGUAAACCAUAUUUAGAAGCAAUAUUUUAAAAUAACUUUAGCAUGUGCAAUAUUGAUAAUACUCUUGUUAUUCUUGC